AUGGAAAUUCCUGCUUUGUCAGAAUUAACACUGCAAUCAGUUGUUGAUUACAUUUGUAGCGGUACAUACGACAAUGUAGACUACAAAUUGAGUCACAAUUUGAGUAACCAAAUAUAUCAUUCGGUUAAAAACAAUUCGAAAGAAAUUCCAAACGAAAAUAUAAUUACGCAGUUUCAAAUGAAGCUAAAGUUAACUAAAAUUAAUCAUAUGUAUCAUAAAUUGAAUAGGAAUACGAUGGAAAUGUUUAGAAGUCACAUUUUGGAUCAUUUAAUGAUUGGAUUCUUGGAUUUUGAUGAUUUCGGAAAGAAGUAUAAGGAUGAAAAUGAUCAUAUUGACGUUGUGUCAGUUUUGGAAGACUCUUUGACGUAUUACUCAAGGGAAAAUUUGAAAUUAUUAACAUUGAGAAUGCAAAACAAAUAUCAAAGUGGCUGGACGGAAGUGAUUGGACCGAGGUUGCCGAAUCUGGAAACUCUCAAUAUCUCUGGAAUAGAAAUUGGACAACAAGAAUUUUUGAAUCUUUGCAAAUCGUUUCCGAAACUAAAAACUUUGGAUAUCAGUUCCUGUGCCGUCACGAAUCUUAAUGGAAUUUCUAAUCUGAAAAAUCUGGAAGUUUUGAUUGUCCGAGAUUUAAAUUUAGCGACUCCAGAAGACUUGGACGACGUUUUUGGAUGUAAAAAGUUGAGAAUGCUGGAUUUCGCAAAAUCCAAUCGGAACGAAGGAGCAAGUGUCAUGUGGAACUACAUGAAGUGUGGAAAAGUUUUGGAAGAAUUGGAAUUCUUGGAUUGUAAUGGGACUGAUAUUGAUAAGUCGAUGGUGGAGGUGCUAAUGAGUACUCAUAAGAAGUUGAGAACCAUUGUGACAUUUGAUAGUAUCCUCGACUUCUCCACUAUUCCUGGAAUAAAACUAAUCAAUAGUUCGACUCCUCAACUCAUGAUUGAAGGAUUUCAACACUAUAUUUCUAUAAAACGAGAUGGUUUCAUUGGCUGGAUGUUAUGUCUGAUUCGUGAAACGUAUCUACUGGAAUGGAAUAAAAAUAAAGAUCAUCAAGUACUCAGAGACUUUUUGAAAGUUGUCUGCUUGGCGAUGAAAUCAUCCUGUUGGAAAGCACAUGUUUUUCAUGAUGGAGUCAGAUGUCUCAUGGAAAUUACAAAAGAACAAAACAUAAAACUGUUGGGACCUAUGGAGAUUUCAUUAAUGAUUGACCAACUCGUUGAAUCGGGAACUAAAUCUAGAACAUUGACCUACGAUACAGAGAUAUUAGAAGUUGCAUACACCAGAAGUUUGCAUAUCAUUCAUCAAAAUCUCAAUUUUCCACAACUGAAAAUCAAAAAGUUGUGUUGGUAUACUGUUGACUUCCUUGCUUCGAAAUUCAGUCCCAGUAUUCCCACAAAACAAUUUUAUAUUUUGGAAAAUUUGAUGGAGAAAUUGGAUUUGGUAGAUUUGAAGAUACUGUAUCGAAGAACUGAUCUAUUGGAUUCAUUAUUAGAUUUCCUACAUUUAUGUAACACGGAAUCAAAAGUAUUUAUGGAGCAGCAUCGGAAAAAUGUCAAUUUUAUACUGGAUUUAAUUUAUACCGUGACAAACGACAAUGACGAAACUGGACGAUAUUUUAUCAAUAAGAAAGUGAAAAAGAUUCAUGCAAUCCCAUUGUUGGUUCAUUUAAGUGACUUCAAAUGGACUGAAUGGCCGGAGAAAGUGAAAGCUCUCAAAAUUUUGGUGAACUUGACUAGAGUUGAGGAUUUCAAGGAAAAAUGGGGAAGAUAUUUUCGGUUGGGGGCGUGGCUGUUUCUAAGAAACCAACUAAAAGGGUACUACAAGUACUUGAACGCUUCCACUGGAACAUACUUGGCUACUGAUAAAGCGUACUGCUCCAUGACAAUCCUAUCAUGUCUAAUGUGCCUUCCAAAUAAAAACAAGAAAAAGUAUUACAAGUGGAAAAUUGAAAAUACUGAAAUGGUAAAAGCUUGUCAGCAGAUUCAAACAUCUCACAUUUCUGUAAACCUUGAUUUCUAUUCAUCUGGUGUAGUUUUAAUGGAGACAAUUAAAAACUCGAAAUAUGACGGACCAGUGAUGUGGGCGCUAUUGACGAUGAAGGCCAUGUUGGAACGAGAUAUAGAUUUAGUGGAAAUAUUCAAGGAUUCGGGAUUAUUAUCUGCCGUUCAACGAAUUCAGAGUAAAGAAAAAGGGGUGAUGAAGUUGAGAUUAGAGGUUUUGAGACUGUUGUAUUGA